UCUCUCUCUCGCUCUCUCAGGCACACAUGCUUUGUCCUCUGUGUGACUGAGCUCAAAGCAUGCAGACCGCAGAUUGCUACCACCUGCAUCCCCGUGCAGAAGAGAUCAUCUAAGGAGGCUAAUUAGACCAGGGGAGCGUGCUCUCUGUCUGUCUGUGCGUGCGUGUGUGUGUGUGUGUGAGAGAGAGAGGGAGUGUGUGAGCAUGUGUGUUUGAGAGCCUGAGUGUGUGUGUGUGUACGAGUAGGAGGAGGGGUGCUUGCCGUCGCUCUUCAUCUCUGUCUGACCAGCUCCUUGUCUCUAGCUCUCCUCUCAGCGCAGUUUGUGUGUGUGUGUGUUUAUGUGUGUGUGUGUGUGUGAAUGUUUAUGAGUGGAGGACAAGAGACAAAAGCUACAGAGAGUGGGAAAGAGAGAGAGAGGGAGAGAGAAAAAGGAACAGAGCGGGAAAGAAGGAGACCACACAAGAGAGAGAGAGAGAGAGAGGGGGAAAGAGAGAGAGAGCAGAGGAGGAAGAGAGGAGGUGAAGAAGAAGAAGAAGGAUUUGGCCGCAUGUGCGCCUGCAACCAUCCAUCUCCUCCAGCAGCUCCUGCUCGUCCAGACAGAAGCGCAGACAGACACACACACACACACACACACACACACAGAUGGCCAGACGAACAGGCAUGGCUUCAGCGUAAAGGAAACCCAGUCAGCACGGCAACAGACCAGCGUCAGCCACGCCGCCACGCUACCUGAGGUGUGAAGAGAGCGUCAGGAAGAGUGAUUGCAGGAGUUGACAAAGGAGGAGCAAGAGAAAGACAAGGUGAACCAGAAUGGCAGAGGAAAAGCCAGGACUGAAGAGCAGCAGCUCCAUUGUGCCCUGCUUCCUAUUUGUGGAGCUGGUGAUCAUGGCUGGCACUGUGCUCCUGGCGUACUACUUUGAGUACACCGACACCUUCCCCGUGCACAUCCAGGGCUUCUUCUGCUACGACAAGGCCUUCUCCAAGCCCUACCCGGGACCCGAGCACACCAGCAAGGUGCCCCCCGUCCUGGUCUACUCGCUGGUCACCGCCAUCCCCACCCUGACGAUCCUGAUGGGGGAGCUGAUGGUGUUCUUCCUGAAGGCGGAGGGGACUCAGGAGAAGACUAUCGUCACCGCAGACUGCUGCUACUUCAACCCCCUCUUCAGACGCAUCAUACGCUUUCUUGGCGUCUACUCUUUCGGCCUCUUCACCACCAGCAUCUUUGCCAACGCCGGCCAGGUGGUGACGGGCAACCAGACGCCGCACUUCCUGACGGCGUGCCGGCCCAACUACACGGCGCUGGGCUGCCAGUCGGCCAUGCAGUACAUCACGGAGCGUCGCGCCUGCACGGGCAACCCUCUGGUGGUCGCCUCAGCGCGCAAGUCCUUCCCCUCCAAAGACGCUGCGCUCAGUGUCUACUCCGCAGUCUACACGGUGAUGUACGUGACGCUGGUGUCUCGGACGAAAGGCACCCGUCUGGCCAAGCCCACAGUGAGCCUGACGCUGCUGUGCCUGGCCAUGCUGGUGGGUGUGGUGCGCGUGGCCGAGUACCGCAACCACUGGUCAGACGUGCUGGCCGGCUUCUUCACCGGAGCCGCCAUCGCCAUCUUCCUGGUGACGUGCGUGAUCAACAACUUCCAGCAGGGGCAGCCACCGCCUCCCCCCGCCCGACCCCAGCGGCCUGAGUCCGUGCUGGGCGUGCCCAUGGUCUCGCUGCCCUGCGUGGACAGUCCACUCGAAAACAGACUCCACGGGGAUCACCAUUCACUGAGAUCACAUGACCAUCAGCCCUAUCGGUUCCCCGCCACCCCCGAUGUCCUCAUACCGUCUCGCUCCAUUUCCAGCGAAGUCUAGACCAGCCGGCCGAGCAGCCGCACCACUGCGCCGCCCACCCGGGUCCCGGACGCUACGCCACCCUCUACCGCUCCUACUCCACGCAGGUCUAGACCACCACCACCACCACCACCCUCUGCCCACCUCCACCCUCCAUCAUGCUACAUACUACGCCUCCCUGCCAUGCUCAGAUCACUCUGCCUCCCCCCCUCCCCUCCCAAACAAUUAGCUAAGCAACCAACUCCGAUGAAACUUUCCGCAGAUUUCCCAACUUUCCGAUGUCUUUUAUUCCCGAUCCUAAACCCCUGGGGAACCGAUGGGUCCCAUGAAGAGGGACUCAACAACUUUAAAAAAAAAAAAAAGAAGAAGAAGACUGCAACUCUCAGUACAGUGUCAGGUGUUUGUUAUUUAUUUGAGAGGUUUGUUUUUUUUUGUUUGUUUGUUUUGUCUUCUGAUAUCAGUAGUUAUACAGAGUAUUAAGUUAUCUUAAUGGUGUCCGAUUUUGGAAAAAAAAAAAAAAAGUGCCAGCAAAGCAAAAAAGGAUUCCCCAUACUGGGGUGUCCUCUUGCUUUAGAAAUGCACUCCUCUCCUGGGAAAGAAACUGUUAUAUACUGUUCUCCACUGCAGCUGUAAACAUCCAGGGGAUGACCUUCUCAUCACCUCAUGUUUCCAAGCAUUCCUCUAAAUCAAGAGAUCCACAUCCAAGGGUCUCUGAUGGACACUCACAGUGGACAUUUCCAGUCUCAGCAUCAUGAAAUUUAACGUUGCACACAGUUCAUACACACAACAGCCAGAGAGCCUCGACUUGUCUCCUGACACACUGGAGGAACGUGCUGUACAUCUCCUCACAGUCACCUGGGCUGUUCACUGAGGCGCUGCACAAGCCAGCAUCAUGGAGCAUCUCAGCAAGUCUGGACUGUCUUCCUGUCUGUGUCGGCUGUUGGUGUAGUCGAUGUAGCACAACAGUGUUCACCACAUCCAGCAACCGUUCACCACCCCCACCCCCCCUCAAACACACACCAACACACACAGAAAAAGAAAACAGAACGCUACCGCUCAGACGUCUUGUCAGCCCCACAAAGUCUCCUCUCCUCUCACUCCGUUUACAAAGAUCAAAGAGCCUUCACACUUCUUCUCAGGAGAACGAUACAUAAACAAACGAAGGAAAGAAACACAGACACACACACACACACACACACACACACACACACGCAUACAUACACACACACACACACACACACACACACACACACACACACACACACAUACACUCUCGAGGCCCCCUGAGGGAGAUGCUAAAACAUGCUGUCAGUGUGUUCCAGAGCACGUACACGAACAGCUAGCAGAUGACAAGCCACAUCGGGCUGUGUACUGUUCUCAGUGUUUAGGGUAAGCCUACAUCUGUUCGGUCUUAAAGGACUUCUGGCGGGCAGGGGGGCCUUGGUCACUAGUAUAUCCUCCUGACUGGGGCCACCUGCACAGGACUACUGUGGAGGAAACCAGUGGAUGCUGCAAUGGAACGGACUUGGCAGGAUAUCUCAACUUAAGCAGCAUCCCCGGUUUUCACCACGGCUUUGAUUGUGUACAUGUUAACUUGAUUUAUUUCUCUCGGCUGAGAUUAUUCAUGGCUUUGAUUUUUGUUUUCUGUAGAUAGACAUGUAAAAAUGUUCUCCACACGUCUGUGUCCCUCACCUGGUGUGACAGUUUUGCGGGUCUUAAUUUUGCACAGUCUCUCUCCUCACACCACUCCCAUCCCACCUUUAGAGUUUGCCCUUCAGCUUGCUGUGUUUCUUCUCCUGACAUGGUCGGCUUUUUUCUAUUCUCAACUCUCAUUGUGUGAUGUGAGGUUGCCCCCUCUGCUGGAUCAACACCAAUACACUCACUUACGCAUCAGAGGAACAUAAGAACCAUGUCACACACACACACACACACACACACACACAUAAACUCAUCCUCAUACACAUUUCUUUCUCUGAGCCUCCAGCCUACAUCCCCUGCACCCACACACACCCACACACACCCACACACACACACACACACACACACACACCUCUUUUUUCACUUUCUUACACUGGAACCUAUUUGUAUACAUAUUUCUUUUGUAAAUAGCUCUUUCUGUUUUUGUAUGGGAAUUUUUUUUUACAUUUUUGAACACCCAAGCACCCCCAUGCACUCUCAGUCCCUGCAUCUGUGAUGGGAUUAGUGAAAUGUGGGUUGCAUGGCUGUGCCACGGAUGAGAUGGAGAACCAGUGUCUCUGAAUUGGACCAGAUGCUGAAGGCCAGAGGCAAAGUGUGCUCAUCCAUUUCUCCACCAUGCAGACAUGGCAAGUUGCAUGAUUAAGUUUGACAUCCCAAAAUGGGGCAAGCCUUUGAUGUCGAUGGAGGAUCUAUCAAGUUUUUGUUGUUUUUUUUAGCUGGAAAUAAUGUCCGACGCUGUCAGCAAGCAUUCUGAAUCUGAGGCCUUGUCAUUGGAAGCCACAGGCUCUGCGGUGGGUUGCCACAAUACACUCUCACCUUAUCUGUCAGAAACAAGCAUGAAGACACACGGUUCCACUGUAGUGUCAAACCACGGUGGCGACACAGCAGCGCUGUAAAACCACAUCAAACGGAUUAAGCCACUUCAGGAGAUAUACAAGCUCAGAGACGUGCUGUUAGAUGAGCUGUUUCGAGCCUAAAGGCAAGACAAGCUUGCAGACUAGACACAUCCCAAAGCAAAUAAUUAGUUAUGGGCCAAUGAGACAGUGCUUUCAAGCUGUGUGAUCUGACCUGUCUAACAUGGGUGCGAUUUCUUUUUUUAAGCUUCAUCUUGGGUUUGUUUUGGUUUGACUUGAAACCAUACAGCAUUUUCAGUCUUCAUAGGGUUCUGCCUCAAGUAGGCCCUGUAGUUAGAUUGUGAAACAUGAAAUGAAACAUGAGAUGUUUUUGGGACUUCACUACCUGGGCACACAGGCAGCUCUAACCGUGACCUCUGUUUGCUGUCUGUGGGAUCCCAGUCUAUCAAACCCCCGUUUUGUGUACAGAAACGACUUAGUCUUGCUUCACGGGGCCCAACAGCCAUUACCUCUGGGACCAAUUUGUAGUCAGUGCCCGAAAAAACGAAUUCAUAAAAUGUGAGUCAGCGCUGCGGCCAUCUGCACGGGGACCCGCGACUGCCCAAAGUUAGCCCCGUCCGCUAAUGAGUUUAUCACGGUCUAACUCUCCGCCGAGCCUCCAGAGCCCAUUUCAUUAGCAGCUUUUGCGAGGCCUGAAUAUGUAGCUCUCCUCUCAGCUGUCUUAAAGGGACAGUCACAGAGGAGCAGAGCCCUAAUGCAUACAGAGGUUUGUACAGUAAAUGGUAGGAAGACUUUGUCCUUAAGCACUGGUCCAAGGUCAGUUUCAAAACUGAGCCUGAAUGGAGAAGGCUGGAGUAAGCACAUCUCUUAUGACACUUGGUUUGACAAGGAAAAAAGAUGGCACAAAAGUAAAAACAGUUGGUUAGUUGUUGAUACAAUGUAUAAGACAGUCAUGAUGUGAGCAUCUUUGAGUUGAAUGGUGUUUACGGAUGUAUUCGUCUACAUUUCUUCAAAAACUUCUGGAUCACUGAUUUUGAUCUGUAAUAGGUACACUUUUCUGAGGCACAUGGAUGGAAUUGGGAAGGUGCUUUUUAAGAGGGUUCCACUCCUUUCUCUCAUGUUGUAAUGAAGUACCUUCUGUUUUGUAAUGAAUUGUCUGAUGAGAACAAUAAAUGGAUAUUGCAAUAAA